AUGCCGACGAAAGGGCAAGUGAAAAUUGGGGCAAAAGAUGCAAAACAUGUAUUUAUUGAUGCUGAGAAUGAGGAAGAUUACAAAUUUAUAGCUUCAUACAACUAUGUUCAGCUUAGCGAAGACCACUCCAUGAAAAUUCAGAGAUGGAUUCCCAAUUUCAAAUCAAAUAAGAAUACAUCCCUAGCUCUAGUCUGGAUAAACCUUCCAGAUCUUCCAUGGCACUACUACGAGUGGGCAUCUCUAUGUAGGAUUGUUGGGCCUAUUGGAACUGCUAUUGUCAUGGAUAAAGCUACUCAGACAAAAACAAGACCAACGACAGCCAAGAUGAGAAUCGAGAUCGAUCUCCUGAAACCUCUAAUCACGGAUGUUCAAGUGACCAUUCAGAACCCAGAAGGUAUUGUAGAAACAUUCAAUCAAAAAAUUGAAUAUGAAACAGUCCCCCUUUUUUGCUCUCACUGCAGAAUUCAAGGACACAUAAUUGAGGGUUGUCAAAAGGCCCCCAAAACUGCUCAAGUUGAUGAUCAACCCAAGGAGAGAAAUGAUGAAGGAAUGAGCGACCAACAAAGGGCGAGUCACAACAACAAUCAAAGCAAUAAAGGAAAUGUCAAUAUUCCUAUGAUGGCCACAGAUAGCAUGGUCAAUACCAUAUAG